AUGAAAAAGAAAAAAAUCAAUGGAGGUGGUGAGAAUAAUCAUGUUUUUCCAUGGGAAACUAAUGAUGGAUGGCCGUACCUAAACUUGAAUGGCAAUCAAAUUGGGAUUGCAGUGACAUUUGAGGGUGACAAGUUACAAGAUCCAACUAGAUUUGAUACUUAUCCACCAUUGACAGUUGUUAAUGAAGUGAUUGAACCAAGUACCAAUGCUGGAAAGAAGAGAAGUCCACCCAACCGAAAAAAGAACGGUAAGGAAAUUGUUGAACCAAAUUUUUGUAUUGAUGGAGCCGGAGAUAGAGGAGGAUUAAAUCAUGAUUUACACAUAUGGAUGGCGAGACAAAGGACAAUGAAAAUUGGAAUUUUUUUCAACACUCUUCGUGCUUUGAUUUCUAAUAUCCCUGCUAAGGCUGAUAAGUCUACAAUUGUUGAGAAAGCAGUAAACCACAUCCAAAAACUGCAGAAUACUUUGGAGAAGCUUGAACAGGAAAAACUAGAAAGGCUUCAAGAACAUAAUGUAAGGUGUAGGAGUUCACAAAAAUUCACUAAUACUUGUAACAAUUGGGAGAAAUAUCUGGGUGAUCAAGGAUCAACACAUAAUACAUCUUCUACUACAUCAACAACUCAUGGUACCAAUCCCCUUAUGGUGAAUAAUAACAUUCCAACAGGUUUUGUGACAUGGAGUUCACCAAACGUGAUACUUAAUGUUUGUGGUGAAAAUGCACAUAUUAGUGUGUGUUAUCCAAAGAAGUCAGGGCUAUUCACCUUCAUUUGUUAUAUUUUGGGGAAACAUGGGAUCGAGAUUGUGUCUGCUCAAGCUUCAUCUGAUCAAUUCAGAAGCGUGUUCAAGAUCCAAGCUCACGCUAAAGGUGGAACUGGCAUAGCUCAAUACUCUGAAGCAUCCAGAGUUGAAGAAAUGUACAAGCAAAUUGCGAUUGAGAUAAUUUCAUUUGCAACCCCCAAAUGA